UCCAAAAUUUCCUUCAAAAAUAUUUUUAAAAAUUUAUUAAAUAUUCCCUUUUAUUCUACAAAUAACAAAGAAGAUAAAAACGCUAAAAUUAAGCAAUUAAAGCAAAACCACCACCAACACAAACCAAAGAAAAUAAUUAAAAAGAGAAGAGUUAAAAGAAGAAAACAGAGGGGGCGUCGUCGAAUGGAAAAAGGGAAUCAACACAAUGCCUCCAAAAUCACGGGGUGGCUUAAAAGCCGGGAGCAAAUGGAAUUGGAGAGGGCAAUGGCCAAUGAUUUGGUCAUUAUCGACGACGAGAAAGAAGAAUUUGAAAUGAAUGAAUUAGAAGGGGGGUGCAUAAUCAACACAUCAACUAGAACAGCAAUUCUAAUAGAACAUGAAGAUCCCGAUUCCCGUGAUUCUGGUAUUUCAAUUUCCUCUGGCUCAUCCGGCACGUCUUCUUCUUCUGAUGCUUCCAAUCAGGCAGUUUUAUGUCGCGUUUCUAAAGAAGUAUGGGAUUCUCCUGAUGAGUGCAAGAAUUACUCCUUGCCAGCUGUUAAAAAUCCACAUAGACAUGGUCCAGCAUAUCGAAGUAUUGGCUCAGAAACGCUUUCCUUUUUGUUGGAAUCACUUUCUGAAGAGGAAUUUUUGUCGAAUUAUGUGCUCAUAGAUUGCCGAUAUCCUUUUGAAUUCAAUGCUGGACAUAUUAAGUAUUCUGUGAAUGCCUACAAUCUAGACGACGUCAUUUCUUUAUUUUUUCCAAAACAAAAAGGUCAAUUCAACGAAGCUAAACGACGCAUUCCUAUCUUCUAUUGUGAAUUCUCAUCAGUGAGGGGUCCAAAUAUGGCUGCGGCACUUCGCAGACAUGAUCGUAUUCUAAAUGAACAUCGGUAUCCAUACAUUGACUACAAUGAAAUCUACCUACUUGAUCGAGGCUAUCAGCAAUUUUUUAAAGAUCCGAGAUUCGCAGUAUGA